AUGGCUGCGUACUUCUUCGCGUCGCCGGUUGACGUCGACAUCCAACUUGAAGGGGAGGACUUGCGGAAGAAGGUCGAGGCGAAGGCAGAGAAAGACCGCAUCAUCUCAUGUCCUGUAUAUUAUGACGAAGAGAACGUGUCUGGAACGGUUACUGUGCGGGUACGGGACGGCAAGAAGAUAGUACACGAUGGGAUCAAGGUGGAGUUUGUGGGCAAUAUCGAGCUGUUCUAUGACCGGGGGCACCACCACGAGUUCUUGACAUUAUCACAAGAGCUGGCUGCGCCGGGUGAAAUGCGGCAAGCGCAGACGUUCGACUUUCAGUUCAAGAGCGUGGAGAAGCAACACGAAAGCUACCAGGGUAUCAAUGUGAAGUUACGAUACUUCCUGCGCGUCACGAUAUCCCGACGGAUGGCGGAGGUCGUGAAGGAGAGGGAGAUCUGGGUACACUCAUUCCGGAUGCCGCCGGACAGCAACAACUCUAUCAAGAUGGAAGUCGGCAUAGAGGACAGUCUGCAUAUCGAGUUCGAGUAUAACAAGUCCAAAUACCAUCUAAAAGAUGUCAUUGUGGGCAAGAUAUACUUUUUGCUCGUACGAAUCAAGAUCAAGCAUAUGGAACUGUCUAUCAUCCGCCGCGAAACAACGGGAUCACCACCCAAUCAAUAUAACGAGAGCGAAACGAUAACCAAGUUCGAAAUCAUGGAUGGUGCACCAGUACGAGGCGAGACCAUCCCUAUCCGACUGUUCCUCGGUGGCUUCGACCUCACGCCCACGUUCCGGGAUGUGAACAAGAAGUUCAACACCCGGUACUACCUCAACCUUGUACUUGUCGACGAGGAGAACCGGAGAUACUACAAGCAGAACGAGAUCACCAUCUUCCGGAUACCUGAUAACUGA